AUGCUUUCAUCGUACCUUGCCCUGGCUCUCGCGGCAUCCGCCACCUUGAUCUCCGCCGCACCGGCCCACAUCGUAGCCCGCGACGAGUCGUGUGGGAACGUGAGCAUCAAAACCAAAGACAUCAAUGCCGCCCUCACAGCCGCCCACAAGUACCAGAACAACCCCAUCGGGCUCCUCAACGACUCCGAAUCCAACGAACCGUUCCCCGCCCCCACCACCGACUCCACCUCCUCCCCCACCGUAACCCUCACCCGCCGCUACGAGCCCUACCCGCACGGCUACGACAACCGCGAAGGCUUCCUCACCGGCAAAUGCGCGACCCAAUCCAACAACGGAAACACGUACGAGUUUCCCAUCAUUAGGGGCGGCGUGUAUAACGGCGGCAGCCCCGGGAAGUAUCGCGUGGUCUAUUACCCGAGUGGGGGGAGUAGCGUGCUUUGUGCUGUUGUUUAUCAUGGUGGAAACGGCAACACGUUCAAGAUCUGCCAUUAG